ACCCCUACAGGGGGUUACAAUAGGGAGAUGCCUGGGGGAGAGGGCAGAGCUUACCCCGGACAAAGAGGCGGCUGUGUUUGUGGAACAGGGCAUCAGGAAAACCUUCUCUCAGCUUCUGGAAGAUAGUGACCAGCUAGCUGCAGGCUUAAUGGAGCUGGGGUUUAAGAGGGGUGACCGUAUUGGAAUCUGGGGACCAAACUCUUGGGAGUGGGUCGUCACGCAGUUUGCCACUGCCAGGGCAGGCAUGAUCCUGGUAAACAUCAAUCCAAUGUACAGGCCGGAAGAAGUGGAGUAUGCCUUGAAUAAGGUUGGCUGUAAAGCUUUGGUGUCAGCAGAGAAGUACCGAACCCAGGAUUACUACGAGAUUUUGUUUCACCUGAUACCAGAACUCAUUAAGAGCCCAGUGGGUCAGGUCCAUAGCCACAGAUUACCACAUCUGUCUACCGUAAUAAUGAUGGGUGACAACGAUUACCCAGGGACUUAUAAGUUUUCCGACAUCCUCUCUGCUGGCACAAGUGAAAAGCGGGCCGCCAUUCUAAAUCUACAGAACAAGCUGCAAUUCGAUGACCCCAUCAACAUCCAGUUUACAUCAGGCACCACUGGCUUUCCUAAAGGCAGUACACUGUCCCAUCACAAUAUCCUGAACAACAGUUAUUUCACAGGGAGAACGGUGGGCUACCACACCAGGGACAGUCGCAUUUGUAUGCCGGUACCACUGUAUCACUGCUUUGGCAUGGUUAUAGGCUGUCUACAAAUCCCCACCCACGGUGCAUGCUGUGUCUUCCCCAGCCCAGGGUUUGAGCCUGGUCCCACCUUGCAGGCUGCCCAGGAUGAACGCUGCACCUCUGUGUAUGGUGUUCCCACCAUGUUCAUUGACAUGCUGAACCACCCAGAGUUUAGCCGCUUUGAUCUGUCCAGUCUGUACACAGGAAUCAUGGCGGGGUCACCCUGCCCAAUGGAAGUUAUGAAGCAAGUCAUUGAGAAGAUGCACAUGCCAGAAGUCGUGGUGUGCUAUGGGACUACAGAGACCAGUCCGGUGACAUAUAAUGGUUACAGAGAUGACCCGGUGGAAAAGAAAGUGUCCACAGUGGGCCAUGUUGGAGCUCAUAAUGAGGCCAAAGUGAUUAACGAGGAUGGUGAGAUAGUGGAGGUGGGUGUGGCAGGUGAACUUUGCACCCGCGGGUACACAACAAUGCUGGGGUACUGGGAUGACGCUGAGAAGACAGCCCAGGUGGUCAAACCAGAUCGGUGGUAUCACACAGGGGACCUUGCGGAGAUGGACGAUGAGGGUUACUGUAAGAUUGUGGGGAGAAUUAAGGACAUGAUCAUCAGGGGUGGGGAGAACGUCUACCCCACAGAGAUUGAGAACUGUCUGUACAAACACCCCAAGGUACAGGAUGUUCAGGUGAUUGGGGUUCCUGAUGAGCGGAUGGGGGAGGAGAUAUGUGCCUGUGUUAAAGUCCAUGAUGGGGAGGCAGCUACGGAGAAGGAGAUUAGAGAGUUCUGCAAGGAGAAGAUGGCCAAGUUCAAGGUGCCUCGGUAUGUCCUCUUUAUGGACGGUUAUCCUCUGACUGACGGAAAGGUACAGAAGUUCAAAUUACGUGAGAGCGCUGUGACCGACUUGGGACUGGAGCAUGUCAAGCCACACUAAUAGAAUAGGAGGGAACAUAAAAGGCAUGGUGAGCAGUGGUAUGGUGAGCAGUGGCAUGGUGAGCAGUGGCAUGGUGAGCAGUGGUAUGAACGUUCAGCCAGCCCUCUAACACUCACAUUCUAAGCACUCUAGAUUCAGGAAUGUUUAAACAAGGAAGAAUUUUUGUUGAGUUCUGAAAAUCAUGAAGUUAGCAUCAGUAAUUUAACCAGACCUGAAAAAGUAAAAAUUCAUUUAAUUUACAUCUGCAUAAAAUACAUCUUUAAAAGAAUAAUUUUACUUGUGGUACAUUUAAGUAGUACUAGAAUUGUCAUUGUGAAAGGGGAAUUCUUUACAGUGGUUUUCAUUUUGUAUAAUGCCACAUGAUACAGGUAAGCUCAGUGUUAUUUGUCACACUCGGCCAUGUUUUUAGAAUUAGCCUACAUGUACACAUAAGUGUGUUGUCUGUGCACCCAUCAUUUUUUUUUU